AUGGAAACAAAUUGUUUUUUUGAUUCAUUACCAAAUUAUUUAAAAUAUAAGAUAUUUAUUUUAUUGGUUGAUAAUUCAAAUAAAUGUCAAAUAUUAUUUGAUAGAUAUCAAUUGACAGGUGAAUAUAUUCCAUAUGAUGAAUCUGAAAAAUUUAAUGAAAGUUUUAUUCUAUCAUAUUCAUUAGUUUGUAAAUCUUGGUUUAAUUUUGUUUCAAAAUCAAUAACAACCAUUUCAUCAACUAAAUAUAAUAAAAUCAUUUUAAAAAAUCAACAACAUCAACAACAACAACGACAACAAAAAGAAAAACAAGAAAAACAUCAAGAAAAAGAUAAAAAAGAAGAAAAAUUAGAAAAAUUAGAAUCAUAUUGUUUAAUUAAAGAAAAAAAUAUUGAAAUAUUUAUUGAAGAUGGAUUUGAAGAGAAUGAUACAAAUUCAAAAUAUAAGAGUGAAAUUGAAUUAGUUAAAAGAUUUCCAAAUUUAGUAGAGAUUUUAUAUAAUUUCUUAAUGGAUUACGAUGGUGAAAUUAAUGAUAGGGAUAAAGAAUUUUUAGAAGAAUAUAAGUUUAGUAAAUUAUCAAAAAUCAGAUUUGUAUUAUUUUUAAUUAUGGGUGAAUUAGAUGAAAACUAUUGGAAUUCAUUAAAAUUGAAAAAUAAUUUACUAUUAGAUAAUUUAGAUACAUUAAAAUUAUCAUUAUUCAAUGAAUCUGAAUCACUAUUUAAAAUUAUUUCAAGAAAUUUUCAACCAAGUAAAUUAUUAUUAGUUGAUGAUAUGAUUGAUUGGAGUAAAUCAAAUAUUCAUUUCUAUGAUUUAUUAAAGUCGAUUAAAGGUGUUGAAUUUUUAAAAAUUAAAAAUCAAUUCAUUAAUCCAAUAGUGUUAUGUAACCCAAUUGAAUCGAAUAAUCAUUUGAAAUAUGUUGAUGUGAAAUUCCAUUUUCAUGAAUUAAUAUUUCAUAUGAAAAGAUUAAAUGGUGGUGAUAAUAUUAAUUCAUUCAAAUCUUAUUUAAAUCAAUUUGGUAUUUCAAUGAUUAGCUUCGAACAUAAAUAUGACAAUGAUGAUUAUUACAAUGGUUUAUGUAUUUGUGAUCAAUCUUUCACAGGUAAUGGUUCAAUUAAAAGAACAAAACAUACUCUUAAUGAUUGGUCAAAAUUUUGUAAUUCAAUUUUAUCUUUAAAAAAUUUAUCAACUUUAAAAAUUUCUGAAAUUUGUCAAUUUAAUAAAAAUAAUAAAUUCUAUAUUAAAGAUGAUGAUGAUGAUGAUAAUGAUGAUGAAAAAGAUGACAAUAAUUGUAAUAUUAUUCCAACAUAUUUUACAAAUCCAUUAAUUAAUUUAAUUGAAAAUACAAAUUCUAUUAAAAAAUUAUCAUUAUUAGAUAUGGAUAUAAUUGUGAAUGAAUUAAUAUUAUCAUCAUUUAUUAAUAAUCAUUCAAUUGUUUAUUUAAAUUUAUCUGGUUCAAUAAAAAGUUCAAAUGAAUUAAAUCAUCUAUUAUUUAAUGUUUUACCAUUAAAUAAAACAAUUAAAUCUUUAAAAAUUUUAAAAUUACCAUUUCAACUUUCUUCAAUAACUCAAAAAUUCAUUAAUAUUAAUAAUGGUAGAAUAUUAAAUACGGAUUUUGAAACAACUACAACUACAACAACAACACCAACACCAACAACAACAAUAGAGAAAACAACAAAAACAACUUUAUCAACAUCUUUAUAUAAAUUAACUAUUGGUUUUGAAGAAUCUCAAGAAUUUUCAUCUUAUUUCCAAAAAUUGUCAAUCGUUCCAACUUUAACAAAACAAGUAAUAUUUUUUAAUAAUUAA